GGCGGGGGGAGAAGGGGCCGGGGCCGCCCUCAUGCCUCCGGGGCGGGGGGGCCUGGGCGCAGGGGGGCCCGGAGGCGGCCUGAAGCAGCGGCGGGGCAGGAGCGCCGGCGGCGGCUUGCAGCGGCGAUCCCUGAGCAGGUGAAGGGAAAGCGCUUGGAGACGGUUGCUACAGGACGUGGGGACAACAUGAGGCUACGGUCGUCGCCUAGGGGCGCCCGGCUUUGCCUGCAGUGAAUUUGGAGCGGGGGUCUCUGUCCCCCUAGCCCCGGCCGGCCGAGGGUCUUUGACAAAAGAAAAAGGCGUGAGGUUCUCCGAACUUGGAAGGCACCUUUCCGAAAACAAAGGUGCGCACAGUGGGCUAUGGGAUGGACGAAGCUGAGCAAGACCAGUAUGAAGCCCGUCUCAAAGAACUCUUUGACAGUUUCGACCUCACCGGCUCAGGCUUCCUGGGGCAGGAGGAGCUGACGGACCUUUGCCACGUGUUGCACUUGGAGGAAGUUGCCCCGGGGGCGCUCCAGCAGACUCUCUUGCAGGACAAUCUCCUGGACAGGGUCAACUUCAACCAGUUUAAAGAAGCAUUAAUCCUCAUCCUGUCCAGGACGCUGACAAAUGAAGAGUCGUUCCAAGAGCCAGAUUCUUCGUCGGAAGCCCAACCAAAAUAUAUCAAGGGCGGGAAGCGCUACGGGAGGCGGUCCUUGCCGGAGUUCCAAGAGCCGGGGGAGGACUUUGCGAAGGUAACGGUUAUUGAGCCCCUGGACGAGGAAGGCCAACAACCCUGUCUCUCCAGCGACGCCUGCGACGAGCCCUGGCGUUCCCAAGACCAUGAAGAGUAUGAAGCAGAAGGCCAGCUGAGAUUCUGGAAUCCCGACGACUUGAACGCAUCCCCAAACAACUCCCUCACUCAGGACUGGAUAGAAGAGAAGCUGCACGAGGUGUGUGAGAACCUGGGCAUCUCCAGAGACGGCCACCUGAACAGAGAGAAGCUGAUCUCCAUUUGUGAACAAUAUGGAUUGCAGAAUAUCGACCCUCAGGUGCUGGAGGAAGUCUUCCGCAACCUCGAACACGACGGAAUGAUGAGCAUCGAAGACUUUUUCUAUGGCCUGUUUAAAAUCGGGAAGCCCCUCCCUCCAUCUGCCUCUACCCCGUACAGGCAGCUCAAACGCCACCUCUCCAUGCAGUCCUUCGAUGAGAGUGGAAGACGGAACACCACGACAUCAGCAAUGACAACGACGAUCAGCUUCCAAGUCUUCUCCAACCUGGACGACGGGAUGGGCUAUGCUGCCGUGGACCAAAUCCUGGAUGUGUGGCAUGAAGAAGGGAUCGAGAACAGCCACGAGAUCUUGAAAGCCUUAGAUUUCAGCUUGGAUGGGAAAGUUAACCUGGCUGAGCUCACGCUCGCGCUGGAAAAUGAACUUCUCAUAUCGAAGAACGGAAUUUAUCAGGCCGCUCUUGCGAGCUUCAAGAAGGAGAUCAGGCAUUUGAUGGAACGGGUAGACCAGGAGGUUAGAGAAAAAGAGAAACUGCGCUUGGACCUGGACAAGGCAGAGAAACUGAAGUCUUUGAUGGCCUCCGAAGUGGACGACCACCAUGCUGCCAUUGAACGCCGAAAUGAGUACAAUCUGAGGAAAUUGGACGAGGAGUACAAGGACCGCGUGGCGGGUCUCAGAAAUGAACUUCGGAAAGAGCGGGAGCAAAUACUGCAGCAAGCCGGCAAGCAGAGGGCGGAGCUGGAGCAGGAGAUCAAGGCGCUGAAAACGGAAGAGAACUACCUCCGGGAUCGCCUCACUCUAACACUGAAGGAAAACAGUCGUUUGGAGGGUGAGGUUUUGGAAACGGGAGAGAAACUGGCCCAGUACGAAAUCACGAUGAGCAAACUGCAGAAGAACUUGGAAAAUGUGCUGGCGGAGAAGUUUGGUGACCUCGACCCCGGCAGUGCGGAGUUCUUCCUGCAAGAAGAGCGGCUGACGCAAAUGAAGAUCGACUACGAGCGGCAGUGCAGGGAACUCCAAGACCAGAUUGACGAACUGCAGUCUCAACUGGAAGCUCAUCGGGCUGAAGGCAAAGGGGUCCAGCCUUUGUUGAAAGGCUCUCUCUACGAGGAACUGGGCGACUGUGAAGCUGAAUGCAACCAUGAGGCCGGUUCUGAGGAAGGCAACCCGCUGAACAUGAGCAUAGAAGCGGAAAUGGCCAUGGAGCAAAUGAAGGAUCAGUACUGCCAGGACAUUUAUGACCUACAUCAGAAGCUUGAAAACACGGUUCACCAUUACGAGAGGCAGCUGGAGGAGACGCGGAGCCACGACGAGGAGGAGAAGGAGACGCUUCAGCAGAAAUUCUGCCAGGAGAUGCUGACCAGGGAGCGGCAAAUCGACGACCUCCAGGCCCAAGUUUCUGACCUCCAGGCAGAGCUGGCCAGGAUUGGUCAGGAGGCCGACCCAGGACAGCGGGCGGGGCCAAUAAGCAUGGAGGAAAAAGCCGACGGCAGGGAGUCCCCGAGGCUUGGUUACCGAGACGAGCUCCAGACCAGGAUGGCGCAGGCCCGGGAGGAUUUUAACCAAGAGCAGCAGGAGUUGAUACAGGCCGGGGCGUGGAUGGAGGAAAAAAUGAGGACCGUGGCGGAGACCGUCCGAGGAGAGAAAGCCGAGCUGGAACUCCGCUUCUGCGAUCAGCUGCAGAUGUUGGUGGAGAAGCACGCCCUGGAGAAGGCGCAGAUCCGGGGAGAACUGGCCGAGAAGCACCGGCAGGACCUGCAGGAAGAGAGGACAAAACUGGAAAACGAGUUUAACGGAAGACUCUCUUGGGCUGAGGAGCAGUUUGCCGCUGACCGGCAGGCCCUGGUGAGCAAAUACGGGGAGGCGGUCAAAAACCUGGAAGAACGCUACCGGCAAGAGUUGCGAGACCUUUCCGAGCUGCAGGGCGAGGAGAAAUCCCGGUGGGAAUUUGAAAAGGAUGAACUGAUCCAGGAAGGUGCUGAGGCCCAGGAGAAAUGGAAAGAGACGCUAGAGAAGGAGAAGGCCGUUUCAUCAGCCCUGGCCCAAGAGAAGGAGCGGCUGGAGAAGGAUUUCAAGGAGCGUGUGAACUUGCUGACCCUGGAAAAAGAGCAACUGCAGAACGAACUCCAAGAGGUGAAGGAGCUGGAAAACGACCUGCGCGGUCAGCUCUUACAAGUUCAGGUCGCUCACGAGAAGGAGCUGCGAGAGAGAGAAGAAGAAAUGGCUGCCGCCGAGGCAAGUCGGAAGCGCGUGAUCGAGAAGUUUGAAGGUCUGGAGGUAGAGUUUUUGCGGGAGAAAGAAGAGCUGAACUCCAGACUGGCCGCUCUUGAACAUUCGAAGCGAGAGCUGCUUUCGAGAGCGUCGGCCGAAGAAAGAGAGCUGAGGGUGAAAGUCUCAAAGCUCGAAAACGAAGUGGAAGAGCUGCAAGAGGAGUUGUUCCGCCUGUCCGAACUACAAAGCAAUUAUGACCUCCCAAGCCAAGAUGACGAACGUAGGGGUGCUAAAUCUCCAAGACCUGAGAAAACCCCGGAGACAAGAGCCAUCCAAGAUGAUCUUCCAAACCUGCCGGAGUUCCAGGAGCCAGCCGGAGACGGGAACGUGACCGCAGGCUCAGGAAUGGGUAGUUUCUUGUACGAGCCAGAAGAUACUGUUCAGUCCCCAAGUUUCAGCUUGCUGAUGCCAGAAAAAUUUGUGGAGCCCCAUCUCUCAAGUUCACCAGACGAAGUGGACGAAGAAGAAGAAAUGGAAGAAGAGGAAAUGGAAGACGCGAGUAGGCGCCCUCUCAUAGAAACCAGAACGACGGAGACCUUUUCCGACUCGAGAAAGACCUACGAAGAAAUUCGGUCGGAGAACGCGACCCUCAAGCUCCAGCAACGGCAGCUGCGGGAGAGGGUCUGUUUCCUGGAGACGGAGUGCGAGCGAGCGGCUCUCGAACGGCAAGACAUGGCGACACAGGUCCAGAAAGAACUGGACGAGAUCCUUCAAGCGAUUCCCAGGCCGAAGACUUUGCCUUGCGAAGCCGGCAAGAGCGAGGAAACGUCCUCUUGGGGGGAAAGCGACAGCGUACAGACGCAUCCCGACUGUUCGGCGGGUAACCUCUUUUCUGAAAAGGUUUGCCCGAGUAUUGAGGAGGUGAGUGAUUAUUCGUCACAGUUUUGGAAGGACCACGGGGAAGCCGUUGAGGAGGGGCUGGAAACAGAGGCCAGCAACGCAGACCAACCCAAAGCUGCUGCGUUGUCCAAAGAGCUCCAGUUGGAGAACCAGGUCCUGAAAGCCAAGCUGGUCACCUUGUGCGCCCGCAACAGCACGCUGGAGAACUGUUUGCCGCAGCUGAUCGGUUUGCAGCACAAGCUGGAGGAAAGCGGCCGAGAGAGCCUCAAGUGGGAGGAAGAAAAGCAGCGGCUCCUGGAGAGCGCGAGAGAGCUGGAAGACGGGCGGGACCGGAUGGCGGCGGAAAACCGGGAGCUGCAGAGCGCCAAUCUGUACUUGCACAGCCGGCUUGGGAAGCUGGAAGAGUUCGUGGUGACUCUGAAGGCCCUGAAAGAGAGGCCGGAACUCUACAUGGACGGCACCAAAGAGGCAGAGGCAGAGAAGAGGGGGCUCCGUCAGCUGAACUGGAAGCUGAAGGAGAGAGUGACGGCGCUGCUGAAGCAAAAGGACUCGCGCGCCCAGGAGACGGACGACUUGAACGCGGCCCUGCGCAGCUUGCAGUGCGCCUGCGGAGAGCAGCCGCAGCAGCGGGCGUGCUUGAGAUGUAAGGCUGAGAGUCUCCGAGAGGAAAACGCCGUCUUGAGGAACGAAAUCGCUUUGUUGAGCAAGGAAGGGAGCCUUGCAGGCCUGCGACUGAGGGAGCUGAAUGGCUCUCGAGAAGAAUUCUGGCAAAAAAUAGAGGCUGUGCAGAAAGAGAAAAUGGCAGUCCAGAAGAUGGCUGAAAAUCUGAAGAAGCAAGUGCACGAAUUGAAAGCCAGGAAUCAGCAGCUGGAAGAGGAAAAUGCCAAUCGGGGCCAACAGAGUUCCCCCAACCAGUCAGACGCAGAAGAUCUUAACCAGCAGCUACUGAGGGCCCUCCGGCAGCGAGAGAGAGAGCCGGAGAAUUGUGCCCCGGAAGAAUGGAGGAGAGAGAGCUCUCAGCUCAAGGAAGAAUUGGAGAACUGUAAAAUUCAGUCAUCCGCGCUGGUGUCGUCUUUGGAGGCGGAGCUAGCUCAGCUCAGGGCUCAGGCGUGCAGCGUGGAGCAAGAGAACCUCUUCUUGAAGCAAGAAUUGGAGAGCGUGCGGCAGCUGCCCAGGUGCCCAGACCUCUCCGAUCUCCAGAACGAGAUUUCCAGCAUCGUUGUGAAAAACGAGAAGCUCAUGGAAGAGAAGGAAGCCCUCAGCGAAGAGCUGAACAGGUGCAUUGAGAAGGUAGCGAAAGUGGCCUUCUUGGAGAACCUGGUUGCUUCCUUGAAGCAGGAAAAGGCCUCUUGGGAGCAUCAGACUCAGUCGCUGAAAACACAGGUAGCCGCGUCUCAAGACAAGAUGUCCAGACUUAAGUCAGACCUCAGGACGACUCAGCAGGAGAGCGACGCUCUGAAGCAGGAAGUGGUGUCACUACACAAGCAGCUGCAGACGGCCAAUGACAAGAAUCGAGUUCUGGAACUGGCCACUCAUUCCACGGGGCUGCAGAGCCAGCAGAAGAAGCUGUGCUGGGAGGAACUGGAUCAGCUAGUCAAGCAAGAACAGCAGCUGUUGAGGCAGGAGAACGAGAGGCUCCAGCGGGACGUCCAGAGCGCCAAGGCCGAGCUCGCUCAUUCCAGGGAAAAGGUGAGGCAGCUGGACUCCGCCCUCCUCUCCCUGAAGCACCAAAGCCAGUCGGGGGUCGUGAAAGCGGUUGAGCAAGAGAAGCUGAGGAGGGAAUGUGAGCGGUUGCAGAAGGAGCUGAUUUCUGCUACCAGGAAGGUCGGCCAGUUGAAUGCUCUGGAACAUGACCUGGAAACCGUAAAGAUGGAAAACGAGAGCCUCAGGAAAAAACAAGUAAAACUGGACGAACAGCUGAUGGAGCGGCUCCACCCGAGCGCCAGCGUGAGGAUCAGCCAGAGCCAGCGCCCCCGUGAGCUGCAGCCUCACUUGCACCCGCCACCCGGCUGCGCCAUGGUCCCCUGGGAGCAGUACCAGCAGCUGCGGCACCAACUCUUCCAGGCCGAGAGGAGGACCCAGUGCCUGCAGGAGGAGCUAGAGAACCGUCCCCUGGACACAAACAUGCCACAGGGCGGACGCGAACAGCUGCUCAAGACCAUGGAGAACAGGUUGAUGGAGGUCGAGCAGCAGCUGAGGCUGGUGAAGAGGCUCCUCCGGGAAAAAGUCAAUCAGCUCAAAGAGCAGUUCGUGAAGAGCACCAAAGCGGACGAAAUGGUCAAGGACCUGUACGUGGAGAACACGCAGCUGCUGAAAGCGCUGGAGAUGACCGAGCAGCGGCAGAAGACGGCCGAGAAGAAGAACUACCUCCUCGAAGAGAAGAUCGCCAACCUCGGCCGGAUUGUGAAGAGCCUCACCUCGCCCGCCCUGGGCUCCGCCGCUCAGCUGGGGUCGUAGCAGAAGCCAUACGGACCUGUUGUGGCGCACCUCUUGGCACUUUAGCACAACACAACCGGUUCUUGUGCCUUCUUGGCGCUCUGGGGCUGGCUGGACUCAGGGUCGGUCUCUGCAGAGAGCUCAGGUCAACCCCCCCCCCCCCGGACACAUGUGUACCUCAGCCUCUGUGGCCACACAUCACUCCAUUUACACACCUUAAUAUCCUUGCCACGUUGGUAUUUCUGGAGAAUUGAGUUUGGGGGCCAGAGAGAGAUUUGGCCGGAUCCAGAGAUAUCCUAAGCCAGUGGUGGCGAACCUUUGGCACUCCAGAUCUUAUGGACUACAAUUCCCAUCAGCACCUGCCAGCAUUGUAGUCCAUAACAGCUGGAGUGCCAAAGGUUCGCCACCACGGUCCUAAGCCAUGUGCCCACAAUCUUUCUGAGCCUGGGGCACCAUUGGAAUUCUGACAUCCAGGGCUAUGUGCAGCCACAAAAUGGCUGCUGCAGGAGGCGGAGCCAGCCACAAAAUGGCUGCUGCAGGAGGCAGGGUCAGCCUCAAAAUGGCUGCUGCAGGAGGCAGAG